AGCCACACCUACCCGGAGCUCUAAACCCAUGUGUUUCUCGCUUUCUUUAUUUUAAAACUCUUAAACCCCUCACAAAUCAACUCAUCAUAACUCAUAACCUAACCACUUCCAUUGCAUAUUCUUCUCCUUCACCAUUCAUUCAUUGUUCUCUCCACCCACUCACAUUUUCAAUCAAAUUCAAACCCUAAAUUCAAAUUCCACCAUGAUUUCAACUUCAUCAUCAUUCUCCACCCUCUCCUUCAAUCCCACCAUCACCAACACCCCUUCUCAAUUCCCCCCUAAUCUCCCUCUCCGCCCCCGCCACCGUCAACUCACCGUCAAAUCCCACUCUUCCACCAACUCCCCCGUUAUCCACCACCUCAAAAACCUCGCCGGAGCAGCACUCUUUACCGCCGCAACCGCCACCGCCGCACUCACAUUCCCAUCCUCCCCCGCCAGAGCCGAACCACCUGAAACACUCACCGAAGUCCUCCCCGAAACCGAAACCAUUAUCACCGACACCGUUAUCGCCGACGCCGGAACAACAUCCACACCGUCAGAAUCCCUCGAAACAAACGAUGGAUCAGUAGAAGCUCUGAAGUCUCUACUUCAUCAGAAGCUAGAACUCGGCGAAGACGAAGAAGCACUGAAGAUUCUCAAAAGCUUAAUCUCAUCACAACCGGAGGUAACCGAUUGGAAAUUCAUCGCGGCGAGGUUAACAAUCGAAAUGGGAGACACUGAUGCCGCGCGUAGUUUCUACGACGAAAUCUUGAAGUCAAAUCCGCUUUCUUUCGAAGCGCUUUUCGAAAACGCGCUUUUAAUGGACCGUGUUGGAGAAGGGGAUGUUGUAAUUGAGAAGCUUGAAGAUGCUUUUAGAGUUGCGCUUGAAGACAAUAAGGAAAAAGAAGCUAGAGAUGUGAAGUUGAUAAUGGCUCAGAUUCUGUUUUUGCAGAAGAAUGUUGAUGAAGCUUUGGGUAUGUAUGAGUUAUUAAUCAAAGAAGAUCCUAAUGAUUUUAGACCUUAUUUUUGCAGGGGAAUGAUUUAUACAUUGCUUGAUAAGAAUGAUGAAGCUAAGGAACAGUUUGCUAAGUAUAAGGAAUUGUCACCUAAGAAAUUUGAGGUUGAUGGUUACUUGAGAACCCCUUUGUCAAAGAUCAAAGAUUUUGGUACAGAACAAAGCUGAAAUAGUGAUAGUGAAUUAUUGUUAUAGUUUAUAGUAAUAUUAAUUAUAAAUCUGAGGUCUUUUUUGCAAUUGGAAUAAAACAAGGAUCGAUGGUGUAUACUACCAACACAAGUCUAAUCUAUUUAGACGAUUCUUCUCUUUACAUGCACCCGAGUGGCCGAGUUAAAUUAUUUAACUUUAGCAAUGCUGAAGUAAAAUAAUUGGUGGGUGUUAAAAGAGCUUAAAUUGCAUGUUUAGUGAGAAUGAUAGAGAAAUAAUAAGGAUGACAAUUGAGUUAGUUAUACUAAACUAGAUUUUGAGGAUGAUUUGUCGUCUGCAUUUGGAGGGGUAGUUCCCAAUUCUAUGUUGUAAUAAACGGCUUGUUUUGUUGCCAAGCUAAUAUGUAUUAAGGAAACUUUAUGACAACUGAAUUACUUUUUUGCA